AUGGAUCCCACCAACCUCUUCGACACGCAAUUUGUCGUCAACCAGAUUGACCCAGAUGGAAAGAAGUUUGAUCGAGUCUCGCGAAUCAUCGCAUCAUCACCAUCACUCGAGAUGACGCUCUCGAUCGACAUUGCGACCGAUGUCUGGCCCGUUUCAGAAGGACAGCAGCUCACAUUCCAACUUGCAUCGACGCUGAAAAAGGAGACAGCAGCAAGCAAGCUCGCAGACGGCGCCGACGGUGAGACGCAGGAUGCAGCAUCGCAGGCGGCAGAACGCGACGCAUGGAGGCUCGACCAGCCCGGCAACGGCGGCAUUGCGGACGACUUUGACUACGUCAUGUUCGGCAAGAUCUACCGAUACGACGAGAAGGUGGCUGAUGAGGUGACGGUGUACGGGUCCUUUGGCGGACUGAUGAUGGCGCUUACGGGUAACUUCAGGCAUAUGAGCAACAUUACCAUUGGGUCCAAUGUGUACUUGCUCAUGCGCUGA